GGCCGGGGAGCAGGAGAGCCCGCCGGGCAGCCGCUUCGUGUGCACCUCGCUGCCGCUGGACGCCGCCGGCACGGGCUGCCCGCUGCCCCCCGUGCCCAUGCAGGGCGGCGCGCUGCCCCCCGAGGAGGAGCUCAAAGCCAUGGUGCUGCAGCUGCGAGAGACCGUCCUGCAGCAGAAGGAAACCAUCGGGAGCCAGCGGGAGGCCAUCCGGGAGCUCACCGGGAAGCUGAGCCGCUGCGAGGGCGCCGACGGCAAGUCCGCGGGGGCGUGGAAGAACGACGUGGGCAAGGGCAAGGACACGAUGGGCGACCUGCCACGGGACCCGGCGCAGGUCAUCGACCAGCUGAGCCGCACCAUGCAGACCCUGAAGGACCGGCUGGAGAGCCUCGAGCAUCAGCUCCGAGCCAACGUGUCCUAUGCAGCCCUGCCCAGUGACCUGCGGGAGAUGCUUCAGCGGCGGCUCGGGGACCUGGAGCGCCAGCUCCUGAGCAAAGUGGCCGAGCUGGAGGAUGAGAAGUCUCUGCUUCACAAUGAGACCUCAGCACACCGGCAGAAGACAGAGACAGCCCUGAAUGCAUUGCUAGAAAGAGUGUCUGAGUUAGAGAAAGGUAAUUGCUCUGAUUCUAAACACUUUCCCCAUCCUGAUGAAUUUUGUUUACUCCUUCCUUCCAGAGCAGUAGACUAAAUCGUGAGCCUUGAGGGAAUGACAUUAAGGUACUGGGCUAAAUAGUAGGUGACAGUGCAAAUACUUGGAUUCUCCUUUUUCUUUUAUCUCAGGCUUCUUGCUUGACAGGCAGUUGCCUGGCUUUGGCUUCCUGUCUCUUAAUUUGGCAUGUGUGGGUGGCUAGGAUGAAACUCUUAGUGUUUGUGGGAUGGAAAGAUCUGUAAGGAGGCAAGUGGAGAUAGGAAUAAGUAUG